AGCGAUAACGUCGCGCCCCGUGCCUUACCUCGCACGCCUAGUUUCGCUGUCAUCCCGGUGGACCGGUUGUACGAGUCGGCGUAGGCGCGCUCUUCUGGGAGCCGUAGCAGGAGUCAACACGGCCGAGGCACCGAGGGGCGAGAGACGGGCAAAACUCCUCUCAGCUGCUGCUCUCGGGAGCCAAGAUGAGGAACGUCUUUGAGGUCACCCUGCCGCUGUGGUUGCCGCUGUUGUUUGCGGCGCAUGCAGGGGGACAACCCCACAGCCCGCCAGGGAAGCCCACGCUCACCCACUGUCUUUCUCCCGAAAAAGAGACCUUCACCUGCUGGUGGGAGCCGGGCUCCGAUGGGGGACUGCCCACCAAUCACUUCCUGUACUAUCGCAAAGAAAGCUCCGACGUGGUGUAUGAGUGCCCGGACUACCGCACAGCUGGAGAGAACACCUGCUUCUUUAACAAGAACAACACGGCCAUCUGGGUCAACUACAACAUCACGGUGGUGGCCGUCAACGCGCUGGGCAAAGCCUUCUCUGAGCCCAUGGAAAUAGACGUGGUGUACAUUGUUAAGCCUAAUCCUCCGGAGAAGGUAACAGUGAGCGUAAUGGAGGACAAGGGCUGGCCCUUCCUCCGGGUGUCAUGGGAACCGCCACGUAAGGCCGACACGAGCUCGGGUUGGAUCACUCUCAUUUACCAGCUGCGCGUCAAGUCGGAGGAGGAGGACGACUGGGAGAUGCACCUCGCAGGCCAGCAGAAGAUGUUUAACAUUUUCAGCAUGCGGUCAGGUGGUGAAUACCAGGUAGAGGUGCGCUGUAAACCCGACCAUGGCUUUUGGAGUGAAUGGAGUUCUACUUCCAACAUCAAAGUUCCUGACUAUAUUCAUCGCGAUAAAUCAGCAUGGAUUCUCAUGUCGGUCUUUUUUGCCUUUACCUUCCUCAUCGUCAUGUGGCUGCUGCACUUAAAAAGACACAAUCUGAAGCGUUGUAUUCUGCCCCCCGUCCCUGGUCCUAAGAUUAAAGGAUUCGAUAAGAAGCUCUUCAUGAGCGGCAAAUCUAACGAGAUCUUCAGCGCGCUGGUGGUUCCCGAUUACCCUCCGAGCACAUCAUCUAAUUACGACGACCUGCUGGUGGACUACUUGGAGGUUUACGUCCCCACCGAGAAAGAGCUGGCGCUGGAGGCGAGCAAGGAUCCGCACGACGGCCGACUCAAAUCGGGCAGCUCCACGUCGGACUGCGACUCGGGCCGAGGCAGCUGCGACAGCCACACGCUGCUGGCGGACAAGGAGGCCAAGGAGGGAGAGAGGCCGGCGGGUCGGCAGGGCGGCCAGACGAGGACGGAGCUGCAGAGGCGCUUCAAGGACUGGGAGGAGGAGGCGCUGACCUACGCCGACGUACCCAUGGCCAGCGGGAGGGUGAAGACGUGGCCCUCGGUGUAUUCCCCGCUGCCCCGGCACGGCUCGGGCCCGCCGGACCAGCAGGGCGGCCCCCUGCAGGUGGCGAAACAGCACUCCCUCUCCGCGUCCUCCGUCCUCGCCCAGCCCGGAUACGGCGCCGGGGGGGCUCCCGCGGAGGGCUACUGGGACGUCUGCCCGGGCGGCGAGCGGCCUCCCCCGCCCGAGGCCGGGGCGCUCCGGGCCCGCAGCGACGCCGAUGUCUCGGAGCGGGCUCGGCCCGGCGGCCCGCGCCCCCUCGCCCCCCCCACCAGCGAGUACGUGGAGGUGCAAACGGUCAACAACAAGGACGGGGUGCUGCUCCAGCCCGUCGCGACGGGCGGCUACCAGGCGCCCCGGGGCAAGGUCUACAGCAAGGUGAAGCGGGUGGACAGCGAAAACGUACUCCUGCUCCAGAGGGGGGGGGAGGCGGCGGCGGCGGCGGCGGCGGGGGGAGGAGACGGGUACCCUUGUGCGGAGCAGGAGAGCGCCACGCAGAAGCCUUCGGCCUGCAUUUACACUGCUGCGCUGGUGCAGGUUCCGGCGGCCCAGACGGUGACCGGCUACGUCGACACGGCCGCCAUGUGCACGCUCACGUGCUAGCCGACCCCGCGGGCCCACAUGGCGGGUUUCGGGACAUUGGGAGACCUGUUUGAGGGUGGGACUGAGACAGAAGACUGCGUUAUGGAUUAAAGACUUCAUGUUUGAGACAGGGUUUUUUUUCUGAUUAAACUGCACUUACACAUGUUGAGAAUCAAAAGAGUUUAUUUAGUAUUCAUUUCAUGAAGAGUGAUUGGUUGUAUAAAUGAUGUGUUACCGUAAGCUGUCAUUGUGAUUCAUAAUAUUUCUUUAUAUUUCAUUUUUCUCUCCUCUCAGGAAUGCUUCAUUGACAUUUUGUAAUGCCUUUCGUUAAAUAUAUUGUUGACCUUUGCUGUUAUAAUGUGAGAAUCUGUUAAAUAUGAUUAAUGUAAAAACAGAAAGCUCAAACAUAAAAUGUUUUUGUUUUGUUUUUUAUUUGUUGUUUGUGUGAAUUUUCUCUGCUCCUUGAACAUUUUAAAGACAAUAUGGGCUACUGCAAUAUUUUUAACAGUUUCAAUCAAAGUUACAUGCAUUAUUCUGUAGAAGCUCAAUAAACAACAGCCAACCAUGUACAAAAGGCAAUUUGAAACAGGAUUUAUUUUAAGAUCGCCAUAAAAGUCCUGCUAAAUAAAUGUACGAUAUACAGCAACAAAAAGCAUCAUGUUUUGUGUCUACUACUAUAUUACUGUUGCAUGUAUCUCAUCCACAAUAAUGAGGCAAAAACGUGUUGAUUGAUUCAUUACAAUUCCCUAGUAGCACGGCUGCUAUCUUCACUAAUGCGUGAUGUUCACCAACGUUUAAAUAGUUUAUAAAUCAUUUAAUAACGUUUUAUUUUCAAUGCGGUCCAUCUAAUAAGACCCAGGGGCUC